GCCGAACAGCAAAAGGCUCUUGAACUGCAAAAACAUCUAGAAGAAGUGCAAAACAUGGAACGAGAAAAACUCAUUGCGAAAAUACAAGAAGAUAUGGAGCAGAAGGCAAAAGCAAAGGAAGCUAAACGAAAGUUACAAAUGUUACAGAACCAGCACGAUACUGAUGGAGUCGAAGUGGAGACAUCUUUUCCUACAGUAUCUUUUGACAGUUUUAUACCUUUGGAGAUUGACAAUCAAGAA